AUGCCCGUCGCAGCCCCCGGGCGAGUCGUAUUCGAGUACAGCGUCAGGCGGGAGUCUCAGUCCCCAAACAGCGUUGCUUCCGAGGCACUUCGGCCUGCGCCUCUCGAAUUUGAUGGCGAGGCAGAGGAGUCGGCGGAUGCCAAAAACACGGAGAGCCCGGGGAGGCCUCGCCGGCCUCGCUCCGGAGCGGGGACGCUGAAGGGCGUGCAGGCUGCUGUGCGCCUCUCCAUUAACAGACAAUCAGGCGGCUCUUCUGUCGCAGGGUGCAUCAGCGAAAAUACCGCGGCGUCGCUGGAGGCCGUGCAGGCCGCUGUGGUCCAGGCGACCGCCGUCGCCAAGCGCAUCGAAGCUGGCGAGCUGCAAGACGGUGGCCUGCUUGAGCCAAAGGGCACGGUGCUAGAGUCGCGCAAGCGCCGGCAGCGUUUGGCGACCCAGGUGGUUCUCUGGGUCGUGCCACUGCUUUGCAGCGUCUGGUUCGCCGCGGCAGUGUUCUUCCCGCCUGGCGCUCAGGAUAGAGUGCCUGCGCUGCUCUGGACGCCUGGAGCGACGGUCUGGAUAAACGGCACGGUGACCUGCUGUCCAAAGCCUUCUCUCUGUUCGGAAGGGUGGGCGCAGCUCUGGCUAUUGAUCAUUGCCCGGCUGAGCGCAUUUGCCAUGUACCCGAGUUUGGUGCUCGUCUUCUUCUCAAAGUGCCAUGCAACGCUGCGCUUCCUCUCCCGCACCUUCGUCGCCGAGCUGCUGCCGCUCGCGCUCUUCCACGGCACGCACACCUUUCACGGACUUGUCUUUGCAAGCCUCGCCCUCCUGCACACGGUCGUUCACAUCGUGCGGUGGGCGCUACGAGACGAGAUCAUCCCGUACCUCGGCCGCUGGGCAGGCAUGAGCGGGGCCAUCGGCACCACACUUAUGGUCGCCGUGACGGGCAGCAUGCUACUGCCGCGGCUGCAGCGAUGGCCAAGGGUCGGCCGGCUCGCGGCUCUGGGCAGGGCGCCCUUUGAGAUCCGAUUCAAUGUGCACUAUCUCUUCUUGCCCCUCAUCGUCGUCCUGUGCAUCCACGCCAGCCGCCUGAUGGUCGCCACUCUCGUCGCCGCGUGCGUCUGGGGGGGCGACUACUUGUACCAGGUGGUCUGCCGCACGUUCCGGCUGGACGUCGUCGAGUUCACGCGCCUCGAGGACGGCGGCGUGCAGGUGCUGUGGACCAAUCCGCGGGGCUUCGCGCCAAACAGCGGCGAGUACGUGAAGAUACAGAUCCCGUGGCUUCCGGAACCGUACGGCAGCCAGCACCCCUUCAGCCUCUACUUGCGCGAGGCCACUGCAAAGGGCCUCUCUGUCGCCAACGCAGCCGGCGGCGAGCUGCAGGAGAACCGGCGCGUCUUCUCGGCGGCGGAGGCAAAGGGAGGCUCCGACGUCGUGCCCAGCAAGACCGCCCUCCUGAUGAUCGAGUUCCAGAACGAGUUCACGAGCGAGGGGGGCAAGCUCCACCUCUCCGUCAAGGAUGUGAUGGAGAGCCAGGACAUGCUCGCCAAGUGCCAGCGCCUCUGCCGCACCGCGCGCACGUGCGGCGCAAAGGUCUUCCAUCUCCCAAUCACGUUUGAGAAGGCGGACGGCAGCGACAACCCCAACGCGAGGCUGGGCAUCCUCAAGGGGUGCCAGGACGGGCAGCUCUUCCGUGCCUUCACCUGGGCGGCGGACUUCCACCCGAUGAUGACGCCCUCGCCGGGCGACGUCGUGGUCAAGGGCAAGCGCGGCCUCGACUCCUUCCCGGGGACGGACCUCGAGGCGCGGCUGCGGGAGCACGGCAUCGAGACGGUGGUGAUCGGUGGCCUGCUCACCAAUUGCUGCGUCGAGUCGACCAUGCGCACCGCUUUCGAGAAGGGGUACAACACCGUGACUCUCACCGACGGCACGGCGUGCUUUUCGGCAGCGGAGCAGGACGCGGCGACCAACGGCACCUUCAAGGCUCGCGGCUCCUCGCGCGCACUAGACUGGAGAGGGCGUAGCGGACGGGCCGCCUGA